UGGCUUAUCUUGGUACCGAGAACCCGAGACCGCUGCCGUUCUCUCUCUCUGGUCUCUAUACCAUCCACCCCAUAAAAUCACGAAUCAAAGACCUAGGGUUACAUCUCCUCCAAGCCCACGGGUUCUCCGAUAGCUCUGUGAUUUUAUCAUUACAUCUGUCCAACAGUAGCCUGACCAGGUCAAGCAGCGUAUCUGUUUGAGUUGUGUGUCAGAAGUUAAAAGUUCAUCUUCUUUGCAACUGUCUUUUGAAAAUGGCUAUGUAUAUUCGUGUAAAGCGCAACAAGACAACCUACUUUGUGCAGUGUGAUCCAACCGAGACAACUCUAAACAUUAAGCAGAAAUUGCAAAAUUUGAUUGAUCAACCAAGCAAUAAUCAGCGUUUAAGCUUGGUAGCAACUAAUGAUAUAUUAGAUGAUUCAAAGACAUUAGCUGAACAGAAGGUGGAGAAUGAUGCUGUUGUGGCAUUGGCUCUCAGAAAAGCAUAUUGGAUGGAAGGACAACACUUAAGCAAAAAUGAGAACAUGGGUUUGUCAAAUGUUUCCUCUUGAAGAGCUCCUGAAUAACAAAGAUGCCCAAGAAAUAGAUCUAGUGCUACAUUGGCUGGAAUACAGUGUGGAAUACCAUCCAGAGAAAUGACUUGUAUGCAUUCUUAAGUUAUAUGGAAGAAACUGCUGUCUAUAAUUCCCUUUGUAUAUGUGUAGCUACCAUUCCUCAUGUGAUCAGGGAAUAUAAUUUACCGACAAAAUAAUUCCCUGAUGGUAAUCUGAAACCAUUGGCCCCACCCUAGAGAUGACCAGUGCUCCAACUUCUUCCCGCAUAGACCCCAUUUCCCUUUUUGGGAGCCCAUGUAAGUCCCAUGAAAGAUGCUAAUAGAAUAAAAGAACCUAAGGAGAGACAAGUUACAUCUAUCAAUAAUUUAGUCAAAGCAACAUUGUUGGGCAUAGUGACAUCUCAACCAGUCUAGUGUCUCAUAGUAGUGAUGACUCAUUACUGGAUUCAGAAGAUGAACUGCCUGCAUUCGUGCACAGGUUACAUCUCGAUGCUUUUUAUGCAUGCAUUUUGCUCUCUGUUGCCUUCAUUUUAGUUUUGAUGCCUAAGAAGAGAAGAGAACAAUUCUCUUCCACGUGUCUUUUUUUCUUUUCUCUAGACAUAUUGGCAAUAAGGACAAGAAAUAACUAAAAUUUUCUUAUUUGAUUCUGUUCAGUUUUAAGAUACGCUAGUUUGCACAUGCUACGAAAAUUGAAGGAAGCUGACAUUAGAUGACAAAUGGCUACUAUAUACUCCCUUCUAUAUUGUUUUAAUGUUCUGGGAGAAUAACUGAAGAUUAUAUGAGGUUGGAAGGCUCCAUCUGAAAAAAUUAGUUGAAGCACAAAUCAUACGAGUUACCCUUGCAUUCAGGAGUUCAUAAACUUUUUUAAUCUUAAUUCUGGUUUCAUUAUUUUAUUUUGAUUCUUUUAUUAGAUAUCUGAAAGUCGGUGUCAUUUGUUACAUUAUUUUUAUUCAUUGUUGGUUUGAAAUGGAGGGAAAAUGGUAUACCAUGGUAUCUAGACACUAUAGGAAAAUGGGCCUUUCCCGGCAUUUUUUUCAGCAUUCACCGACGCUUAUAAGCGUCGGUGAAAACCCGGCCGACGCAACAGGAAGCGUCGCAAAAGCGUCGGCGAUACCUGAGUGGAAAAAUAUUUUGCCGACGCUAAGAAAAAGCGUCGGCAAAAGCCAAGAUUUAUCGACGCUUAGUAAAGCGUCAGUGUAUGCUGUUUUUCCGACGCCAAAAAGCGUCGGCAUAAACUAGAACUUGGGCAUGGUGGAUAGUGGCGGGGUUUUGUCCGACGCUUAACGCAGGUUUUUACCGACGCUUAUUAGCGUCGGUUGUAUAUUUUUACUGACGCUUUCUAGCGUCAGCGAAAGCGUUUCAGCCCGUGCCAGAGUCGUUUUUUAACGACGCUUUAAAGCGUCGGGAGUGGUUUUUUUUAAAGAAAAAAAUUAGAAAUAUGCAUAUUAAGAAACAUAUUAUAGCAAUAUGAACCUGCAUUACAUUACAUCAAAACAAACAUUCAGAUCAUUCAAAAAAUGCAUAUUGUCAUAUAUGAUGAAAUUUACAUAAUAAGUUUAGAAUUACAAUGUAUUUUGAAAAAUAUAAGAAAGAUACAUAUAAAACUUCUUAGAUAACUGUCUCAAAAAUAUCAGGAACCGGAUUCAGCACCAUCAUCAUCUCUACGAGCUGUUGAAGUAUCAGA